AUGCAUACAUUAAUUUUUGAGUUACUACAAAUACUUUUCUUCUUUUCAGAAUCAGCCACUGCAGCACCGAUCUAUAUUGCGACGUAUCCAUAUGACGCCAUUCAUUCAACAGAUUUAUCAUUUGAAAGUGGUGAUGAAUUUGAAUUUAUUAGAGAUAAUAAAGAUGGAUGGUUUUAUGUGAGACAUUUGCGCACAUCCAAAGAUGGUCAUAUUCCAAAAACUUAUGUUGAAUUAGACGAUGCUACGCCACUAAGGCUUGCAAUUAAGGGCCGAAAUGCCGCUGAAACUUGCUUGUUAAAGUACAAUAUCCCGUACGCAUAUUUGAUACGUCAUGCUGCACACAUGGGUAGUAGCUAUGCUCUGAGUGUCUAUCAACCGAACUUAAGGUUAAAUUCAUUGAUUUGGCAUUAUUUGAUAAUUGUUGAUACAGAAAAACAACACUUUUAUUUUGCACAUGAAGAGGAAUUAAAAAAUUACUUUUUUAAAUCCUUUCAUGAAUUAGUGAACGAUCCAAAAUUUCUUCGAAUAAUUCCACUAACAAAAGUGAUUAGUGACAUUAUUGAUUAUGAAGGUGAACCAUGGUACAUUUCGUACGACGAACUAAAACUAAUUGAAACGAUUGCUAUGGGUGAGUUUGGCGAAGUUUGGUCUGGUCAGUUUAAAAAAGAAAAGAGUGAGUCAGUUCAAGUGGUUGUGAAAACAAUUAAGUUUAAUGAGCCGAUUUCUACUGCCACAUUUGCGCGAGAGAUUCAAUCAAUGAGACAUGUACGAAAUCAUCAUUUGGUGACAGUAAUGGGUGUUUCAGUAAAGCCAAUGACACAAGAAACGUUUCUAGUGACAGAAUUCAUGGUAAAUGGUAGUUUGAAAAAAUGGUUGAAAAACCAACCAACAGUUCCGGAUAAAACAACAAUAAUCGAUUUUGUAAAACACAUUAUUUGUGGUAUGUCUCAUUUAGAACUAAACAACUAUCCUCACCGAGAUCUUGCUUGCCGUAACAUUUUACUUGGGAAAAAUAAUAAAAUUAAAAUAGCGAACUUUGGUGUAUCAAAGUUAAUCAACGAUGAUUGGAUACCAUUGCGAUGGGCUUCUCCAGAAUUAUUGGAUGAUAAUACAAAAUACAGCAUUAAAGCUGAUAUAUGGGCUUUUGGAAUAGUAUUAAUUGAAAUGUGGCUGAAAGGAGAAGAUCCGUAUAUAGGAGAAAAUGCAUCCUGGGUAUUUCGUUCAGUCAAAAAUGGAGUCACUCAUGAUCGUCCUACAAAUUGUCCGGAGACUUUUUAUGAUAACAUAAUUAAACGAUGUUUUAUGAAGGAACCAAAUGCUCGACCAAGUUUUGUAACGUUGGGAAAAUCACUAUCCGAUUGCUGA